UAUUUUUUAAUGCAACUUCAAAACUAUUUUUUUCAAGUUUCAACCAAAUCUAUGUCCGAACGCUAGAUUAAACUCUAUUCUGCAUUAUUGUCUUAAUUCUUUAUUAAAUAGUGGCAGGUUGCCCUAUAAAUUCUCAAGCUUUCUUGAAUUAUUGCAAGUUCAACUGCAAUCAUCCAUUAACAGUGAUGGAUAUAUCUUGGGUUUUCAUAGCAUUGGGCGCGUGGCUACUAGCAUUAGUUUUUCUCUCAAAAAAUUUCAACCAAUAUCCCAAAAGGAAACUACCACCAGGUCCAAGGCCAUGGCCAAUAAUUGGCAAUCUGAACCUCCUUGGUUCACUCCCACAUAACUCUUUGCACCAUCUUUCACAAAAAUAUGGAGACUUAAUGCUCCUAAAAUUUGGUUCCAAGCCUGUUCUAGUAGCAUCAUCUCCAGAAAUGGCUAAAGAGAUAUUGAAAACACAUGAUGCUAUCUUUGCUUCUCGCCCUGCAUUAGCUGCUGGUAAGUACACUAGCUUUAACUACUCAGACAUGAUGUGGGCACCUUACGGUGCACAUUUGCGUCAAGCUAGAAAAAUCUGCCAAACCGAGAUAUUUAAUCCCAAGAGGCUUGAUUCAUUAGAGUAUAUUCAUGUUGAGGAAAGACGAACUUUGAUUUCUCGUCUUUUUCCUCUCUCAGGAAAACCAAUUUUGCUUCAAGACCAUUUACCUCGAUUUACCCUUCGCGCUAUAAGUAGGUUGCUUAUGAGUGGCAAGUACUGUAGUGAUGAUUCAAUAGUAACACUUCAAACAUUGCAAUUGAUGUUGGAUGAGUGGUUUUUUCUUGGUGGGGUGAUUAAUCUUGGGGAUUGGGUACCUUGGCUUAGUUGGUUCGACUUGCAAGGGUACAUAAAACGAAUGAAGGCGUUAGGGAAGAAUUUGACAGAAUAUUACAAAUAUGUACUUGAAGAUCACAAGGCAAAGAGGCAAACAGAGGAGAAUUAUGUUCCAACGGACAUGGUUGAUGUUCUGUUGCAUCUUGCUGAUGACCCUAGUCUUGAAGUUAAGCUUACUACCGAUAGCAUGAUGGGAAUAAUACAUGAUUUGCUAGCUGGUGGAACAGAUACUUCAGCAGCAGUAGUAGAAUGGGCAUUUCAAGAACUUUUGAGGAGACCAAACAUCAUCGACAAGGCACACCAAGAACUUGAUGUGGCCAUUGGAAAAGAAAGAUGGGUAGAAGAAGAGGACUUCUCUAAACUACCUUAUCUAGAAGCCAUAAUUAAAGAGACAUUUAGACUGCACCCUUUAGCUGCAUUGCUUCCUCCCCGUUACUCCCUUGAGGACUGCAAUGUUGCUGGUUAUGACAUACCAAAAGGGACACUUGUUUAUGUAAACGCAUGGUCUUUAGGAAGAAAUCUAAAGUAUUGGGAUAGGCCAGAAGAGUUUAUUCCAGAAAGGUUUAUUGAAAAUAACGUAGACAUAAAAGGGCAAAACUUCACAAUGUUACCAUUUGGUUCUGGAAGGAGGAAGUGCCCUGGGUAUAGCCUUGGUAUUAAGGUUGUUAGGACAACAAUGGCUAACUUGUUACAUGGAUUCAAUUGGAAGUUACCACGAGAUAUGAAGCCAGAAGAUAUAAGCAUGGAGGAGAUUUAUGGAUUAAGUACACACCCAAAUAAGCCCAUAUCUAUGAUCAUGGAACCAAGACUUCCCCUCCAUCUUUAUUACUAGUACUUUUUGUUAUGUUCUUCUCAAUCUUGUUCAGUUUAAGUUGUAUGUGUUGAAAAAGUAAACUAAAUUCAUCUCAAGUACAUGAGUUUACUUAGUUCAUGUAUUAUGUAUUAAGAAAUUAAUGAGGAUGCAUGUAUGAUCUUGUACUAGAAUAAGUAUAUGAUAGAAGGAUUACUAUAAA